AUGUCGCGUGUAGCAAGCAAUUAUCCAACGACACGUUUAAAUAACGGAGUUGGACAGACUUCAACAUCUUUUGUUAGUCGUUCCAUAAGCAAUUCAAGUAGUUUAAAUAGUACAAAAAACGGCGGUAGUCGUGGCGUUACCGUACGCAGUGCAGCGCCGCCACCCGUGCAAAAAGAAACGGUACAUGCAUGUCCGCUAUGCAAUCAUGAAUACAAAGAUCCUCGCGUAUUACCAUGUACUCAUACAUAUUGUUUAAAUUGCAUCCGUGAGAAUUUGAUCAGCAAUCAACAAGUGACUUGUCCAAAAUGCAAAAAUCAAGUUGAACCUUUUGAUGAAACGGACUUGAACGAUUUACCACGUAAUCUUAUCUUGAGUCAAGAAUGGCGUAUGAAUACUCGUCCUCUUCCAGUCCUUCCGUCGCCUAAAAAACCAGUUAUAUAUCAACCACCGUCGCUUCCUCCAUCGACACCAAUGCCAAGUAAGCAAGAUAAACGUAAAUCAAGUGCAACCGAUAGUAAUAAUUUCGAAACCGCAUCGAAUGGAUCGAAUCCCCAUGGGAUAUCUGCUCUUGUGAAUGUAUUCAACGGCAAAUCAUCGGAAAAUGGGUCGAUCAAUGGUGCUCGAUCAUCCCGUUCAUCAAGUGUGAACGGUGCGCAAUCGAAUGUUUCUAAUCUUGCAAAAAUCUAUACUGAAGCAACGACAAUAACACCUAAACAACAACAACACAAACAACGAACUGAUAGUGUCGUAUCGACAGGUAGAAAUGAUGAACUAACAAGAAUUUUCGAACAAGCAUCCAGUCGACCACAACGACAAUUGACACCAACGUCAUCGUCUGUGAUUAAACGACCAUCUCAGGCGUAUGAAGUAGCAUACGAAGAAAUUACAUGGGAUAAUCUUGUUCAUGGAACGCCAGUAGCUCCUCCCUUUCCUGAUCAGUGGCAAACGGCAAAAGAAAACCACCAUCAGCCUCCUCAAGACACCGAGAGACCGAUCUCAGCAUCGUCCUCGUCAUCAUCUUAUCGAAAUUCAGGCGUUGAUAAUCUUCAAGAGAUUAUUGCAUCUAUCCACAAAAAAUCAGGUGAAAAAACAACAUCUGUAUUGCCCCAGGGACCCAUGUUUGACGCUCAAUCAAAUGGUCGUCCAUCAAAUGUUUCUCAAAUCAUUCCAAAUGAGGAUCGCCAUCAAACAACUGUAGACGAAUUAGUCUACGCUAGUGUUAAACCACGGCAACGCAGUCCUGCGGCUAGUCUGAUUGAUAGCAUUGACAGUAGUGAUUCGGAAUCCGCAUCCAAACAUUCACCUGUUCCAUCCUUAACGAACAAUCAGCAACAAAAAUCCAUUCCACCGCAACAGGAUGACAAAAUGUCACACCGUACUUAUUCAGCGAACUCAUCAUCGAGAAAAUCAUCCGACCGAUUUCCACCGCCACCGCAGAACAUUGACGUGAUCGAUUUGGAUGGAGAUAGUACAAUAAAACGGCAAUCGAUCUCAUCAAUAUCAACUCGUGCAUCGAGUUACGCGGACACAAGACGACACAUGACACCCACUGAGACUAAUCCUUUAUUAACCGAACGUUUUAAUCCUGAAACUAAUGUACCGCCACCGGUUCAUACAACCUAUUCUUCUCGUGCUCAUUCACAGGUUGGUAAUGGCCCAUCGACGCCAACAAAUCGUGCAGUAUCCACAUCCGUUGAACGUGAUUCCCACUAUCUUGCUCCAACUCCAGCAGCACCCGCAUCAUCGUUGACAACUGCUGUUUCGUCACGCGUUGACUUUUUACUAUCGGAUCAGAAACGAUUAGAACGUGAAAUUGAAGAGCAAAUCACACAUUUACAACAUGACUACGAGGAUAUACAAAAACAAAUUCAUCGAAAAGAAUCGUCGAUUCAUAACGAAGUCAAAAACAUCGCCACGCGUCUCGAUGAAGACAUAACUGAACACUAUCAUCGAAAGCAACGUAUCUACGCUAAUUUAGCUGCAGACAGCAAUACUGUUCGAACAGAAUUAGAACGUCUAAAGUUACAUAAUAAUACUCCUACUAACAAACAGCAACUAUGGGCUAAUCUUGAACAAAUUGAAGCGGAUAUUCGUAGUAUUCGUCAAGCAGUUGAACAGGAGAAAGAACCACGCAGUGCUUUAACAUUUUCCGAAGGACAUCGAGCAUUAGACGCAGAUACCAUCGGACAAAUAACUUAUAAUCAAAAGGAAUCUCAUCAACGUUUCCAUUCGCCGCCCGCACCGAUACGAUCAUUAUCACCAUUUCAUCAGGAACAGACUUCGACAAAUAUUACUCCAUUCAAAUAUUUAAAAAUCGAUCAUUUAUCAACAUUGGAACCCGAAGCAAUUACAAUCACAGAAAACAACAAGAAAAUUCUAUUAGGCAUAUGCAACAAGUUGUAUAUACUCGAUGAGUAUGGUAAUACAUUGAAGACCAUUCCAUUAGCACCUAGCAUUCGAGGUAUUGCUGUGUCGAAAAAACAUCAAUUACAAAACAUUGCUUAUAUCUCACACGAUGAAACAGUUAGCAUGAUUGAUAUCAAUACCGGACAAACACUAGACAGUGUUAAAGAAACGGAUUCAACAGGUGAAACGGGAACAUUUUUACCAUUGGGCAUCGAUACAGAUAAUACACGUGGCGAUGUUUAUGUGUGCGAUUAUCGAAAUUCAUGUGUGAUUAAGUUUGAUGAUAAAUUAGAAUAUAUUACACAAUGGAGAAUCUUUAACCAUUCCGAACAAUACGAUGAAGCACGACCGAAAUUGAUUUCUGUUUACGGACAAAAGUUAUAUAUGAUCGUUGAACAUUCAUGUAAACCUUACUAUAAUCAAGGUAUCGCUUAUACAUUUUCGUUGCAUAUUUGCGACGCAAAUUCUGGUAAUAUCAUCAAAAUCAUCGAUGCUGAUCUAUUAGCAACUCAACGGCUACGUUGGCCAUGUUCAGUUCAAGCCAUUAACAACGAUAAAUGCUAUAUCCUAGACACGAUGACGUCAGGCAAAUACUUUAAUGGACAAUGGCAAAAGCAUUGGUCACGUGUUCUCGAAAUCGGCCAAGAUGAUACUAAUGUUGUCACUGAAUUAUUCCAAUUAGAUAGUGAAGCAGCAACGAUGGCAAUGACGAAACAAAAUAUGAUCAUAGCUGCAAAUGGUGACAUACUUUUCGUAGAUCUAGGUUUUCUCAAACAGCAACAACAACAGCGACAACAACAACAACAACAACAGCAGCCGCAGAAUGGAUAUACUCAUCAAUAUCAAAAUCUACCAUAA